CUUGUCAAAAAGUGACAGCGAACGCCAUAUUUGUUUUGGAUGCCAAGACAUUUAUUUGACAGUUCGAAGUAAACAGUGUUUAAUCAACAAAAAUCAGAUUGGAAACAUAGUUUCAACUAGAGAUUUGCUAUUUGAUUUUUUUUAAAUGAACAUUCGGCACAAAUGUUACAAUGGAUCCACAGAACUGCUAUAUUUGCAAUACAACGUCCGGAUUUUAUAGUCGAAAUUUGUUUAAAACCAAAUCCAAGUACUCGGAAACGCGCAUCUGUGAGUUUAUUUGCAGAUUUUUAGGCAAUUAUCCAUCGGAACGGGAUUGUAGCAAUGAGAAUGUGCAUUGUGUGUGCAUUGAAUGUCUCAAUAAAAUUGAUGAAUAUGAUUUGGCAACGAUGACAGCCAAACGAAUGGAGCGAGAACUUAGCGAUAUUCUCUUGCAUACGGAGGCUUUAUUUUACAGAGAAAGCAAAUCAAUCAAUGCAGACGAACAAUUUGGUCCGCCAAUUGAGACCGUCGAAACAUUAGAGGAUUACAAAGUGGAUUAUGAAGAAAACAGCGAUAUUGAAACGAUUGAACAGAGAUCGGAUAGCGAAAGCUAUAAGGUUGAGUCUGAAAGUGAUGACGAUUAUAUUCCAUCCGCUUCGGAAAAGCCGCUACAGCAUUUGGUGACUAAAUCACGAGUGAAAACAUCACUUCCCAAAGUGCAGAAUCGCAAUCAUAAAUGUCACAAGUGCAAUAUGGAAUUUAAAAGUGUGGCCGCACUAGCCAGACACAAACACACAAAAUUAGAUAGCAACAAAUCAGAGCAAAAACCCACACUCUAUAAUUGUACCAAUUGUUCGGAGGUGUUUUGCACAAAGACGCAAUAUGAGCAUCACUUGAGACAACACAAAGGGGAGGAAGAACAAUUCAAAUGUACGAGUUGCGGCUAUGAUUUGAAAGAAAAGACUGCACUUGAGGAACACAUGGGACUACACGAUGGUCUAUCACCAUUGCAGUGUGUUUUGUGUAAAAAAUCAUUCAAACAGAAAGGAGCUCUAGUUCGACACAUGCGAAUCCAUAGUGGAUUACAUUUUUAUCAGUGUCACAAGUGUGGCAAGGGAUUCAUUCACAAAUCUUCAUUUGAAAUGCAUUUAAUGGCUCAUGAUGACAUUCGCAAGAAAAAGUGCCCACAUUGCAGCCAAAUGUUUCGAUCAACAUCACAUCUUAAUCGGCACCUGAGAAUACAUACCGGUUCAAAACCAUUCUCGUGUCCCGUCUGUGGCCAAAAGUUUGCUCAACGCUACAACAUGAGUGUUCAUCAGCGUUUGCAUGACACAUCAUCGAAUCGGCUGAAAUCGGAGAAAACACACGUUUGCAAAUUUUGCAGUUCGGCCUUUGCGAGACAGUCAAAACUUGAGGAGCAUCUCAAGAAAAAUCAUGAAGCCAUGAUACCGCACACUGCUAUUGGUAACAAUUUCGAUGACACAAACGAAGCUUGCUGAUGGAAUAUCGCCUUUAGAUUAAGAUUGCAAUUUAAAUUUUUGAUUAUAUUAAGAUGAUUCCUCCUAUUUUCAAAAGAAUCUUUGAUUUUCAAGUUGAUUUUUUUUUAAAACAAGAUUAACUUUAUCUUAUUGUUUAUUAAGAUUACGAUGUAAAAGGGAAUUUCCAAUGGAACGAUUUCAAGUAUUUUUUUUAGCCUUCAUUGUGCAAAUCCAAUUUGAAUAAGAAUUCUGUUAAAUUAAA